AUGGAGUACGCAAAAACGCUCGUCCCGGUAUCCGUGAUGAGGAAAGUGUCAUUGGUGGGCACCUCCAUCGGCCAGCGAGUCCCUCCCACUGCAUCACCCCGCUCCUUUAAGGUUUCCACACACAACGGUUUUCAAAAGAAGGGUGUGAUGGCUGCUUCACUAGACGACCUCCGAGACAAGACUGCGAGGGCCUUCCUGCUGACCUGCCAGUUCCUGACCAUUGUGCUGGAGGAGGAUGGCACCACGGUGGACACAGAGGCUUUCUUCCAGUCCCUGCCUGACAACACACGGCUCAUAGUGCUGGAGAGGGGGCAGAGAUGGACACGGUCUCAGUGUGUCAUGGGCAUGGGUGCCAAGAAGCCUCGCAGAAAUGGAAUGGCUAAGCUGACCUUUCACCUUUACAAGCUGCAUCCAAAAGACUUCCUUGGCUGUCUGACUAUCAAAGCCAAACUGUAUGAGAUGUACACAGUAUCAUAUGACAUCAGGUGCUUGGGGCCCAAGUGUAUGCUGAUGGCGUUCCUGCGGUGCCUGGUGUAUGUGGCCAGUGUGGCAGGUCAUCUGCUGCUGUGUGGCUCCUCCUACAUACUUCAGCUCAUAGGGGAGGAUGGGGCUACCCACAGUGACCUUUAA